CUUCGUCACAUCCUUUCUAGCCUUUGCCUUCAUCCUCCCCAGUAGGCAAGCAAGCCAACUACUGGCUGUCUCUCAACCUAUAUCGCCUCGCUCUGCGAGCCGUUUCGCACCCAUCCCUCGCUCAUCGCCCAUCGUCGCCCAAGAUGGACGAACAAGACAAAGCCCUGACCGAGUCGCUGAACACGGUCAAGGUUCAGAUGGCCCAAAUGAAACGAAUGCUUGACAGCGACUCGCUCAUGGAGGCACUCAAGUCUGCCUCAACCAUGCUAUCCGAGCUACGGACCUCGUCUUUGAGUCCAAAAAACUACUAUCGCCUGUACAUGGCAGUCUUCGAUUCUUUGAGGCACCUGAGCGCGUAUCUCUUCGAUGCGCAUACGGGCGGGCGUCACCACCUCGCAGAUCUGUACGAGUUGGUACAGUAUUGCGGGAACAUUGUGCCCAGGCUCUACCUCAUGAUCACGGUUGGCUCAGUCUACAUGUCCAUCCCUGACGCACCCAUCAAGGAGAUCAUGAAGGACAUCAUGGAAAUGUCUCGUGGCGUGCAACACCCGACUCGUGGCCUCUUCCUUCGUCAUUACCUUUCGGGAGCCACGCGCGACUACCUCCCCAUCGGCAGCUCAACAGGCCCUUCCGGCAACUUACAAGACAGCAUCGGCUUUGUCCUCACCAACUUCAUCGAGAUGAACAAGCUUUGGGUCCGACUCCAGCACCAGGGCCACUCGCGCGAAAGAGAGAAGCGAGAGGCAGAGCGUAGGGAGCUGCGCAUCCUCGUGGGCACCAAUCUCGUCAGGCUGAGCCAGUUAGAAGGAGUCGGGCUGGAGAUGUACAAGCGAGUCAUCCUGCCAAGUAUCCUCGAGCAGGUCGUAAACUGCAAAGACGUAAUAGCCCAAGAGUACCUGAUGGAGGUGGUCAUCCAGGUCUUCCCUGACGAUUUCCACCUGCGCACUUUGGGUCUCUUCCUGAGCGCAUGUGCUCAACUACAUCCCAAGGUCAAUAUCAAGGGCAUCGUCAUUGCCCUCAUUGAUCGGCUGGCGAGCUAUGCGGCGAGGGAAGCAGAGAAUGAUAGCCCCGAGGAGGUUAGGCGACAGGAGGAGGAAGCGGGUAGGAGGUUGAAGGAGAAGAUGGGUAGAAUGAGGGGGCAGAAGGGCGCGGGUGCUGCUAGCGCUGAGGAGCAAGAGAAGAGGGCAUCGCUCAAUGGCGGUGAGCAUGCAGACUUCAAGCCGACGGAACGCAGUGCCCCCGGCAUGCCAAACGUAGCGACGCAUAGCUCUGCAGAACCGGAACGCGGGUUUGCGGGCAUGCCAGAGGGGAUGGAGGAUGAUGCGUGGGGUGCAAGUGGCAGCGCAGCCAAGCCCGCAGAUGACGGGAGAGAGAUGAAGAGCGGUGCUGCCGACGUCGCAGGAUCUGGUGAGGAGGCAACGAGGGAAAUGAGGAGCGGCGGCUUUCCCUCAGCAGCGCCGCAGGGUACGGCAGAGGAUAAUCCGGCCGGCGCACCGCCAGCCACGACUGCGCCUGAAGAAGAGGACGCCAGCAAGGACUCGAAAGAGGCCGCUACCACCAGCACCGAUUCUGCCGCCGCAAAGCCAACCUCUCCGCCUGCGAUUCGUAAAUUCCGCGGCAUUCCAGAGGACGUCCGCCUCUUCGAAGUCUUCUGGGAGCAGAUCGUGCGCCUCAUCCGCGCUCGUCCCGAUCUCUCACUGCAAGAUGUCACCGCCCUCCUCGUCUCCCUGGCGAACCUGUCGCUCAGCUGUUACCCGGAUAGAUUGGAGUACGUCGACCAGGUGCUGGGCUUUGCCAGCUCGAUCGUACAGGAGCAGGAGGCGAGCAUCGCUGCUGCGCAGGGUGGCAGCAACAACGCAGGCUCAAUGGCGAGUGAAAGGGGCCCCAUACCAAGUCAAGCCGCUUUACAAGCUGCGGCGUACGACCUGCACUCACCUGCCACAUCGAAUAAUAUUGCCUCGCUCCUCCUCGCACCCAUCAAUUCCUACACAUCGGCACUCACCCUACUCGCACUCCCCUCUUACGGCCUGCUCCUGGCAACGCAAAGCUACACGACGAGGAAGACGGUCGCGCAGGCCGUUGUUGGCAGCGUGCUCAAGAAUGAGACGAUCCUCUCCACGCCGGAGGAUGUGGACGGAGUGCUGGACCUGUGCAGCACGCUCGUCAAGGAUCAGCGCGACUCCCUUGGGGCCGGGAGCAGUAUGGGACAUCUCUAUGGCGGUCAAGGAGGUGCAGGCGGGGUUUCGUACUACGAUGGGCGUGGUGGCCCGAGAGGACAAGGCCGGAUGGGGCCUGGCGGGAUGGCUGGUCCCUCUCGCCACGAUCUGGAGGAGAUUGCAGAGGAGCAGGGUUGGUUGGCUAGGAUGAUUCAUCUCUUCCAGGCUCAGCCGACUCGGCCUGACACGAGAGAGACUGAUGCGAAGAAAGCAACUAGCUCGUCGAGCGAGGACGAAGCGCUCACGCUGCAGCUGCAACUCCUGCAAGUGGCCAAACGCCACUUCAUCACCGGAGGGCCGAUGCGUAUACGUCACACUCUCCCACCGCUGGUGAUCUCCGCCCUCAAGCUCGCCCGACGUUACAAGGUCCAACAAGCGUUGCGCGGCGAGUCGGCCACGAAGGAGGUGAACGACUCGUGGUCAUCACAGGUGCACACUCUCUUCACCUAUAUCCACCAAACGAUCUGCCACCUCUACACCUCUCUCGACUCAUCCUCCGAAAUCUCGUUGCGCCUCUUCCUCCUCGCGGCCCAGUCCGCGGAUGAGGCGGGCUUCGAAGAGCUGAGCUACGACUUUUACGUGCAGGCAUUUACAAUCUACGAGGAAAGCAUCGUGGAGAGCAGGGCGCAGCUGGGAGCAGUGGGAAUGAUCGUGCGCGGUCUGUACGGGGCUAGGGUAUUUGGAUCGGAGAACUUCGAGCGCUUGACCACCAAGGCCACGCUCUGUGGGGCAAGGCUGCUGAAGAAGCCGCAUCAGGCUGCGGCGGUGCUUAUGGCUAGCCACUUGUGGUGGCAGCAGGGCGAGCCAAGCACGUCCAGUGCCAGUACUUCCGGCGAGCCGCCAAAAGAGUCAUCCAUCGCGGCCGUAACAGCCCAAUCGGAGGACCUGGUCAGCUCAGCACUUUCCUCACCACCUUCGCGCGCCUACCCCGUCCGUGAGGGUAAGCGAGUAAUGGAGUGUCUGAGCAAGACGGUCCGCAUAGCCAACUCGUCCAUCGACGAGCGUCAGAGUGUCGAGAUCCUCAUUUCGGCACUGGAUGCGUACAUCUACUAUUUUGAUCAGGGAGUCGUUGAGCUCACCCCCAAGCACCUCAAUGGGGUGGUAGACGCUGUGGCUAGCAAGUUGGAGACGCUGGUGGCCAACACGCCGGGAUUGAAGGGUGGAAAGGGAGAUGGAGAGCAAGGCCAGAGGGAGGUCCUCGCGCCCAGCAGCUAUGCCACUUCUUCGCUCCUCUUCGAGACUAGCCCCGCAAUGCUUAGCGGUAUGGGCCAUCAUCAUCAUCAUCAUCAUCAGCAACAGCAGCAGGGCCUCUCCCCUGCUUCGUUGGUGGAGUCGGCCCUCAGGCAUUUCAGGACGCAAUUGGCCGCGAUGCGACAACGGAGGGAAAUUGCUGCUAGGAGGGCCGAGUUGAGGGCCGAGAGGGGGGAACAGGAGGGUAGCAAGAAGGAAGCGGGAAAAGUUGAGCCUGACUGGGGAGCCGUACAGAUAGCUGAUGCGGCGCGCAAAGUGGGAGCCGUGUAGUCUCGCACAUCAGCUCCACUAUCUCGCUUCGACCAGGAAUAUGACCAAAGACGAAUGUGACGUAUUGCAUUAUCAAGCCCCUUGCUACUGCUACUGCUACUGCUACUGCUGCUGCUGCUUGGCCUUCUGCUCUCGCUCCUUCCUCUUCAUGCCCCGCUCCAUCUCAAGGAAAGCACGCAUAGUCGGAUCCUCCACAUUCGCAAUGAUUGCGUCUUCCCUCUGCCUGUCUUCUUCCUCCUUCCGCUGAGCCUCACGCUGCUUAUCCUCCUCACUCGGUCCUGCUCCUGCUCCUCCUCCCCCCC